UGGUAAGAGUGAAAUACACUGUUCCUUUUUUUUCCCUCCCUAGCCGUCAUUGGAGCCGGAAUUGGUGGCACCUCAGCAGCCUAUUAUCUGCGGCAGAAAUUUGGGAAAGAUGUGAAGAUUGACCUGUUUGAAAGAGGAGAGGUGGGGGGCCGCCUGGCCACCAUUACUUUACAGGGGCAAGAAUAUGAAGCAGGGGGUUCUGUCAUCCAUCCUCUAAAUCUGCACAUGAAGCGUUUUGUCAAGGACUUGGGUCUCUCUACUAUUCAGAGUUCUGGUGGCCUCAUAGGGGUCUCUAACGGAGACACUCUGGUGUUUGAGGAGAGCAGCUGGUUUAUAAUUAACAUAAUUAAGCUAAUUUGGCAGUAUGGAUUUCAGCCCCUUCGAAUGCACAUGUGGGUAGAGGAUGUAUUAGACAAGUUUAUGAGGAUCUACCGCUACCAGUCUCAUGACUAUGCCUUCAGUAGUGUAGAAAACUUACUACAUUCUCUAGGAGGGGACGACUUCCUUGGAAUGCUUAACCGGACAUUUCUUGAAACCUUACAGAAAGCAGGUUUCUCUAAGAAAUUCCUUGAUGAAAUGAUUGCCCCUGUCAACAGGCUCAAUUACGGCCAAAGCAUGGACAUCAAUGGCUUUGUAGGGGCAGUGUCACUAGCUGGUGCUGAUUCUGGCCUUUGGGCAGUAGAAGGUGGCAAUAAACUUGUUUGUUCAAAGCUCCUUCAGGCUUCCAAAAGCAACCUUAUAACUGGCUCAGUAAUGUACAUAGAGGAGAAAACAAGAACCAAGCAGACAGGAAAUCCCACAAAGAUGUAUGAAGUGGUCUACCAAACUGGAUCUGAGACCCGUUCAGGCUUUUAUGACAUCGUCUUGGUGGCCACUCCAUUGAAUCGAAAAAUGUCCAAUAUAACUUUUCUCAACUUUGAUCCUCCAAUUGAAGAAUUCCAUCAAUACUACAAACAAAUAGUGGCAACUUUUAUUAAGGGGAAGUUGAAUUCAACUUCUUUUAGCUCCAGAGCCUUAGAUGAAUUUGGUCCCAGUACAAUCUUAACCACUGAUAAUUCACAUUUGUUUAUUAAUAGCAUUGGGAUUGUGUCCCCUGUAAAAGAAAAUAAUAAUCCUCAACCAUCUACAGAUAGAGCUUUUGUUUGGAAGACCUUUUCCCCGGAAACGCUCACUGACGAGCAACUUCUAAAGCUCUUUUUGUCCUAUGAAUAUGCUGUGAAGCAGCAGUGGCAUGCAUAUCCUUACUAUAAGCCUCCAGAUAAAUGCCCCCCCAUCAUACUCCAUGACCGACUUUAUUACCUCAAUGGCAUCGAGUGUGCAGCAAGUGCCAUGGAAAUGAGUGCCAUUGCAGCCCACAAUGCCGCCCUCCUUGCCUAUCAUCGCUGGAACGGGCACACAGAUAUGAUUGACCAAGAGGAUUUGUAUGAGAAACUGAAAACUGAACUAUGAGAUAACACUUUCAUUCCCACCCCCCUCCCCUUCCUGGUUCCAAAUGGAAUAUCACUGGCAAAAAAGAACACAAUCUGAGCAGAGAUGAUUUUGAAUCAGAUAUUUUGCCAUUAUCAUUGUUUAACAAGAGUAAUCCCAGUGAGUCAUGGGGAAAUACAAAGGUCUAAGUGUGAAGGUGUAACUAUUGUAUUUAUGCCAUCUCCAAAAUGUGUGUGUAAUUUUCAGAGUACAUUUAUUAAAGCUGGCGACUGUGAAACAAA